AUGUGCGAAAGGUGCCUAUAAAUUCAGGAGCUUCAGGGAGCAGAAGGCACACAGCAUGAGACGAGGGCACUAAAGGAACAAACCGCCUUAAGGAUUGUACAUUCUGUCUUCUGGGCUGGAUUAUUAAAUUACCUGGAAAAUAUUUAGGUAACUUGCAUGAGUGAGUAGCUGUAUGUUUGCUGGCUCACUUCAAACGGAGUUUAUGGCCCACAGCAUUUCCACAUCAAAACCGUCUCCAAACACCAGCGUGCUUCUCGAGAAAACCUGAGGCUUUUCUUCACCAUCACUUUCAGGUGUAGAAAUGGUUGGCAUGAAACCCCAAGACAUGGUGCCCUCUGCGGCAGUUAAGUUCUUCGGAGCAGGCACGGCUGCCUGCAUAGCUGACCUCGUCACCUUUCCACUGGACACAGCCAAAGUCAGGCUACAGAUUCAGGGAGAGUCUCAGAAAGUUGAACGGGGCAAUGCCAUGAAGUAUCGAGGAGUUUUUGGCACCAUCACCACCAUGGUGCGCACAGAGGGGCCCAGGAGCCUCUACAGUGGCCUGGUGGCAGGACUCCAGAGGCAGAUGAGCUUCGCCUCUGUCCGAAUUGGUCUUUAUGACUCCAUGAAGCAAUUCUACACUCGAGGCACUGAGAGUGCUGGGAUUGUCACUAGGCUCAUGGCGGGCUGUACAACAGGAGCCAUGGCUGUGGCUUUUGCACAACCAACAGAUGUGGUGAAGGUGCGCUUCCAAGCUCAGGUACGACUGGCUGAUGGUGGGAGGAGAUACAACAGCACCCUGGACGCCUACAAGACGAUUGCCCGAGAUGAGGGAGUAAGGGGCCUUUGGAAAGGUUGUAUGCCCAACAUCACCCGUAAUGCCAUCGUAAACUGUGCAGAGCUGGUGACCUAUGACAUGAUCAAAGAACUCAUCCUGAAGUACGACCUGAUGACAGACAACCUGCCAUGUCACUUCACUGCUGCCUUCGGCGCAGGUUUCUGCACAACAGUUGUGGCUUCUCCUGUGGACGUGGUGAAAACACGGUUUAUGAAUUCAGGGUCUGGCCAGUACAGCAGUGCUAUCAACUGUGCUCUCACCAUGCUUAGACAUGAAGGACCCACAGCUUUUUAUAAAGGGUUCAUGCCUUCCUUCCUGCGACUGGGGUCCUGGAACAUUGUAAUGUUCGUCACAUAUGAACAAAUUAAAAGAGGCAUGGCCAGGGCACAACAGUACUGGGAGUCACCAUUUUGACCUCAUCACUUUCUUAUGCUAGGACUGCACAGACGCAACGGUCUGAACGUUCACCAUGAUGCAGUGAAGAGGCCGGUGACAGGUCGGCAGGAAGUUCUUUGACUCUUUGACUUCCUGAUGAACACAGACUCUGAGGGCUCGUUGCAAUACUAGAAGUAAUUUAUGGAUUCAGGUAUAAAGAGACAUUUUAUGCAUUGUAAUGGUGGGCGCCACCAUUAGUACAAUGCUUAUUCAGGAGUAAAGGUUGAAUGUGAAAGUGUUAUUCCAGAAGGUUUUGAUCAGCUGGCUGUUAUGUAACUGAGAAUUGAUUUCAUGUUUACAAGAACGAACUGUGAGAUAAUAUGAAUAAUGUUACAUUGUGAUUUUAUUUUUCAACACAGACCUAUACAGUGACCAUUUUUAUGUUCCUUAUGUUUCUGUAUUGUGGAUUGUUUACAGAGUUUACCAUUAUUGCAUGUUGUCAGUAGUUUAUGGGUUAAUCUAUGUGCUGCUUAUUGUAAAUAACAUGAAUUAUUGCUGGUCAAUAAGUCAUAAAUAUGUCGUGCAUACCUAUAAAUAAUGCCAAAAAUGAAUACAUGAAGGGACAUGUU